AUGCGCUGGCUCAUUCGGAUUGCGCUCUCUACCCUUGUCAUGCACCAAGCGAGCACCAAAGCGCUGCCAACCGAUGAGAUCGCGACGAAAAACUCGAAGCUGGAUGCUGUUUCUUCGGUCCGGGUAAUCUCAACUUUGCACGAUGUCAGUGGGAACCGAAGCCUGCGGGGUGCCAGCAACAAAGUCACCGCGCAACAUGAAGACGAAGAACGCAACAGCCUUCGCUCCUUUGCAAAUAAGCUGGUCACUUUCACGUUCAAGUGGAUGUACAAAAAGGGAGAGACGCCAGUGAGCCUGAGAGCCAAAAUGAUGGGUAAGAACAGCUUCCUCUUUCACGAGUACAAACUUUGGUUUGCGGCCGUUCGCGCGACAGGAAAAAUGCCCAAGUGGUCGUACAGUGGACAGCACAAAUAG